GACUCGCGGACCUCUCUACUGCCGCUCGAGCGAGCCUCUCAGUUGCGACGCGCUCGCCACGGGGUGCAGAUCGUGCGUCGUUCGUUCGCUCACCCGUCGUCGCCUCGACACGCACGCGUCGUCACGAGCCUACGAUAGUAAUCGCGCCCACGUUUUUCUCGUCAGUGCUACGACCGACCGGUGGUACCGAUCCUGUGUUCUCUGUGGGUGCUCGGACAGUCGAAUCGGUCGUGAACAUUGUUCAAGUGUGACACUAACUGGGUAGACCGCGCGAACGUUUCGGAGGUACCGCGAAGGCGUUUUGGUGGCGCGCGCGGGAAUUCUCCCGCUCUCACCCCGUUUUUCGAAAGCACGCGCGCGCGCGCUGGCGCGGGCCACCCGGGUGGAAGGCGUCGCGACGCCACGCGCGUAUAGAUCCUCGGUCGAUUCGGCGAACGAUGCGGUUCGAACGCGCGCGACGCGUCGGGUGAGAGCCACGGACACUGUCGAUAGAAAAAGGAUGCUCGGGAGAGGUCGAAUCGAGGCCGCGCACGUUUGACGGACCGGCGCGCGUUCCCACGAGGACGAGGCGCGUGCCAUUUUUCCCUAGAUUCGCGCGCGCGACUGUGGUGUGUGCGUGUGUUCCAGAUGCGGUCUGGCCGUUGUUGAUAUCGGCCUAGCGAAAGGGUAAUCUCGAAGGGUGGACGCUCGAGCGAAGGAGGUGGCGGUGGCGGAGGAGGUGACGUUUUUCGCCGCGCUGGAACACAGAGAGGAAAAAGUGGAGAAGGACAGGAUCGAAGAGGUGCCGGAGGAAGGGGCUGAGGAGGACAGAAGAGGAAACUCGGAUCCCCGAAAUAUGACGCAACAGAGCGGCGCUGGGUCCCCCCAGCAGUUCUGCCUCCGAUGGAACAACUACCAAACAAACCUGACCAACGUGUUCGAUCAGCUGCUGCAGAGCGAGAGCUUCGUCGACGUGACCCUGGCCUGCGACGGGCACAGCGUGAAAGCGCACAAAAUGGUGCUGUCCGCGUGCAGUCCGUAUUUCCAGGCGCUCUUCUUCGACAACCCCUGCCAGCACCCGAUCGUUAUCAUGAAGGACAUCAAGUGGCCCGAGCUGAAAGCCGCGGUCGAGUUCAUGUACAAGGGUGAGAUCAACGUGUCCCAGGAACAGAUCGGACCGUUGCUGAAAGUCGCGGAGAGCCUCAAGAUCCGCGGCUUGGCUGAUGUUAACAGCGAGCAGGAGUUGACGUCGAGAGCGAGUCUCGAGGAGGCGGCCAACGCCGCGUUGCACAGGAAGAAACGGCGUCGAAUAUCUGGCGAGAGAUCGCCGCCGGCCGGCAGCCCGGACAGAGUCGCUUCCGGAAUCCUCCCCGACGACCAGGACUCUAGCCAAGCCGGGGCUAACGUGAUCGUACCAGACAUCCACAACAUGCUGCCGUUGAGCAGCUCGACCCCCAGGUCCCUAGGGUCACCCGGGACGCCGACGGUCUCGGUCACGCCGCAGAUCAACCUCCAGGAACUUCCGGUUUCGCUGCCCUUGCCGCCACCCCCGCCGCCGCCCCCGCAGGGCCAGCAGACCUCGCACUCGCUCUCCGCUCACCACGUGCCCGGCCACGUGACUUCCGGUCCGCACGCCUCCGUCAACCACCUGACCACGCACGGCCAGCAGCUCACCGUGCAGCAGCAGCAGCAACAGCAGCAACAACAACAGCAGCAGCAGCAACAGCAGCAGCAACAGCAGCAGCAACAGCAUCAUCAACAACAGGGAGGACAGCAGAACCCUGGAGAUGAUCUGGAGAUCAAGCCCGGCAUCGCCGAGAUGAUUCGCGAGGAGGAAAGGGCCAAGUUGUUGGAAUCAUCCCACGCUUGGCUCGGAGCCUCCACGUCGAGUAUAGCAGCAGACAGCUACCAGUAUCAGCUGCAGUCGAUGUGGCAAAAAUGUUGGAACACGAACCAGAGCCUGGUGCACAAUUUACGCUUCCGGGAACGCGGACCGCUCAAGUCCUGGCGACCGGAGACCAUGGCGGAGGCGAUCUUCAGCGUCCUCAAGGAAGGACUCUCCUUGAGCCAAGCCGCGAGAAAAUACGACAUCCCGUACCCGACGUUUGUGCUGUACGCGAAUCGAGUACACAAUAUGCUGGGACCGAGCGCCGAUGGCGGGGCCGGUGAGUAUCUUCGUCCGAAAGGUAGAGGCAGACCGCAGAGGAUUCUGUUAGGCGUCUGGCCGGACGAACACAUUCGCGGGGUGAUUCGGGCCGUGGUGUUCCGCGACGGCCACUCUCCGCACAUCGUCAAGGAAGAGCCGACACCGAUGUACCCGAGUUUGGCCAAUUACGCCGCCUGUAACGGUCCCGAAGGUGCGGUUAGCCCCGGAGCGGCAGCCGCGGCCGCGGUUGCCGCGGUCGCUCAAGGACUGCGACAUCAGAUGUGCAGCAUGGUAGCUGCGGCGCAUUCACAGCAGCACGACAUGAUGGCGACGAAUCUCUCGACGAACCUGUCGACAAGCCUCUCGUCGAACCUCCAGGCAGCGAUGCAGGCCAGCCAGCAUCACCACAACAGCAACAACAGCGGCGUGCCGGGUAUCGGUAGUAACAACGGCGCCGGCGGCGGCGGUCCUGGAGGAAACAACGGUAACUCGCCGUUGAAUCUGGGUCUGGCCAGUCCAGGAUCCGGCGGACCGCCGGAAAGCCCGAUGGAGAGCCCGCUGUCGAGUCCUCUGGGCCCGCUGAUGGACCCCGGACACAUACCUAGCAGCGUGGAGGUCGGCAUCGGCGUCAGCGGAAUGACUUACAAGCCGGCGCGAAGCUUCGUCAGCCCGCGACCGGAGAAUCUCUUCCAGGAGGAUAUCGCGGACCUCGUUAAGAGCCCGCACAGUCUCAAGGACAAGGACAAGAUCCCCGUGAAGCUGGAACCGCUUACGGACUCGCGCUGCGAAUAGUAAGCGGGACUGGCUCGAGAUCUAACGAGCUGAUCGCUUGGAUCGUUCGCUUCCGUCGCGAUCCUAACAGGACGUAGCUGUGUGGAUUAGUCGAGCGCGGUGGUCGGGAUUAUUCGUCGCGACGGCGGGUACGUUUCCGACCACCGUGACGAUCUCCGGAUUUCGGACGGUCCGAUUAUUCGUCCUCGUGCCGACGCUGCAGUAGAUAAAUCGAGGAGCGAUCGAUCGCCCUCGAGACUUACAAUCAAAAAUGAACGGGAUGGAGUCGCGCGAGCGAUCGGAAGUAGCUCGCCUUCCAACUACGGGCACCAAUCGCGGUCGCUCGAUCGAACUCCGAAAGGGGAGACCGGUUAGAUAUUUUAAGGGGAAACGUUCCAUGUUCCAUAAGUAGCCGCGCGAUUGGAACUCGCAUAGUACUUGUUGCAACGCAGUAAAAUGGAUCGUGAGGUAUUCGUUCGGCCGGACGAUCUGUCCGGCUGCACGCGAAACGCGCGCGCGUGGACACGCGACCGAAGGAAAUGUAGAGCCGCGCGUCGCACGCGUGCACGCACACGCUCGAGAAUUUAUACAUACAUAUAUCCACGCAUAUACGAUAAUCGUACACGUUAAUAUAUGCCAAAUGUUGUAUAGGAAUUCGCGUUGAAUUUCAAAAGCGCGACGCGGCUCGUCGGAACUCGCGAUCAAGGAAGCGACGGCCACGCGGUUGGACAAAGUACGAAAGGUAGAUCGACCGAUUUUCUUUUCACUCUUGACGCUGUCCAAUCUGUCUGAUAAUAAUUGUUCGGAGAACAGGCCGAUACGGAAAAGAAAGAUCGCGCUUCCGAGGAAAAUCGUGAGGGAUCCAACGAGAACGAUCAUGUACAAAAUAUCGCUUGCGAUUUAAAGAAAAAUCUCCACGGAACGGAAGUAAGGAACAAAAGUUGUUGUUCGAAACGGAGAACAAAACCGAUUGCUGUAACUUUAUUAAGUGUAAUGAUUGCCUUCCUGCCAUAUUUGGGGUAUGCCAAGUAUAAAAAUUAUAAGGUUUAGAGUAUUAGGGAACGAUGAAAAAAAGAAAUUAAAUGGCGACACUACCGCGAAAUUCAUUGAAUUUGGAACAGGUGAAAAUGUCUAUUAAGUACGCGUGCGAGUGCGAAUGAUCGUCGUUGUUGUUGUUGUCGUUGCGCUUAUGAAAGAGUGGUGAGAAAGGGAGAGAGAGCUAGAGGGGGAGAGAAUGAGGAAUUACACAGACACACGGAAUAACUUGCGUGCGAAUGCCUUUUUUCGGAAAGAUCGUGCUAUUUUUCAAAAUUUUACAAAUUGUACGCAUUACGACUUUUCACGAAGGGACCCUCGAUCCUCGACAAUCGAAGAACGAUGCGUGCCGAGUAGUCGUCGAAUCGAAAACGCCUACACUCUCGACGUACUCUGAUUGACGGGCGUUCCUAUCGCACGCCGCAGAGAGAAUUCUACUCGAAAAUUUCGUUUCGGAUAAUACGCGUCUACUUCUCGUUACCGAUCGUUCUUGCCGCGAACCGUUCAGAGAUUUCGUGCGACGUUUCUACGAGCAAGUUGUUCGCAUUCGAUCCAGUUAUAUUCCGCAAGAACAGAGAGAGGAAACGAGAGACGGUGUGAAUGGGAGAGAAUGGAAGGGAGCGAAUGUUUCGAAAGAGAAAGUGAAGAUGAGAACUUGCAACAGGGAGAACGGAACUUCCUAAAAAAAAAAAACAAGGAGAAGCAAAUUUUUUAAAAGUUGGCACACUGGUUCGAGUGACUCUUUGUAAGUAUUAAAAAUUAAAGACAAAAAAAUUCGAAGUGGCCUUCUGUAAAAGGAAAAGACCAUCGCUUUUCGCUUUUGCUCUUGGAAAAAAAAUAAGGUGAGACGUAUAGGCUGUCCGUCUCGCGUUGUCUAGGCAAUUUUUUGGAAAAAUAAGAAAACGUUGUUCUCGCACCACUCCCCCGCGAAAGCUUUAACGGGUUUGCACGAACGUCUCGGGUGAGAAUCGAUUAGCAAGCGUUAAUUAAUCGGUGAUUUGUAUGUUGAUUCGGAAAAAAGAAGAACUCUUGAAACGCGUUAUUCUUGAUACGAAAGAUUUUUGGACGAAGCGAACAUGUUCCGGCGUUUUAUUUUUCGGAAUUAAUUGGGAGAGGGCGCGGAAACGGUGGGAAAAUAUAAGGGAAGACGCAUGGGAUCGCGAUUUUAAAAGAUUUUAUUACGAUUUAGGCUUAAUGUGUUCAACGAGAAGGUAAAUUUGAACGAAACCAGCGCUGCAGGGUGGAGCAGAAGAAAUUCGUGAGUCAAAGCGAGGGGAUGGGGUUGGGAAAAAAAGAAGAUGAGAUAUAUUCAAAGAACUGCGAACGAAAUUGCGAGAAAGAGUUAGGGGUGGCGGGGUCAAAGGGAGAGAGAGUGUGCGAGAGAAAAGGUUGGGGAUGUGAACAAGCGAGAAUGUGGAAAUGAUUAAAAUUAAUAUUGUAUAAAAAAAAAGUAGUAAGUGCCUUCCAAAGAAAAAAAAAUUUAACGUGUCCCAUAGACCGUGACCACUUGUACGUGAUGAAAAAAAAAAAAGAUCAUUCGAAAUUUCGCGUCACCGAAUGAAUCGUUUAUGCAAAACAAAAAAAGUGGUAAUGAAACAAGAAAUGCAGAAAAAGGGAAAUACGAGUACACAUGACUAAAAAAAUUAUUUGUAGGGACGUUGCGUAAAUGUUAAAUAUUUCUUUCUAUCCUUAUAAACGUGUGUUCGAAGUCUCAGCGACGCUGCGCGAUUUCUACGAGGAAUUAAAAACAUCGCGGUUUCUAGUCGAGGAUAGAAUCGAGCGAGCUCGAAAAUAUUUAGUGAAACAAGAAAAGUUCAAUUUCCCUUUCCUUUCAAAUGAAAUUGAUUUCGUUAACGAUACGGGACGAUGAUAUUUCUCUUUACUCAUUACGCAAUGUUUCUACGAAGCUUUUGUGUGCGUGUAGAGCGAAUGUACAGAAUCUACAAGCAAACCCGACAAAAAUUCUGUUUUGGAUCAACUCACCACCGGUAAUACCCUGAAUGGCAUAUUCUCGUAAACGUUUCUUUUCGAUUCGCUUGUACGAGAGAGCGGAGAUAUGGACAGUACCAAAAACAAAAGAAAGAAAGAAAGAAAGAAAGAGAGAAGCUAAGAUAAAAUAGAAGGGGGAAGUACGCGUAAUUGAAUUGAACCAGAGGGAAUCGGAUAUUUCGAGAAUCUUUCGUUUACGCAUUUUGAUAUAUCUGUGAACAGAUAACGAGGAAAACACAAAGAUACUUAUAUUACAUACAUAAGGUGUAAGUGGACAAAAGAAAAUGAAAAGAAACAUCUUAUACGCUAUUACUGAUAUAAGACACAAAGUAAAGUAUAAAUAUAUAAUGAAGACAAAAAUAUAUAUAUAUAUAUACAUAAAAAUGGAUAUAUAUUGACGCUAUAAGGUUGCUGCUGGGAUAUACGUUUUACGUUGAAAGGAGGAUGAUGCAGUUUUCCGUUCAAACGUCGUCGAGGACGAAACAAAAGUUCACGGGGAGAGAAUUAAGUUAGACAAAAGUAAGGACCUUAGAGUCGAAGACAAAGUAGCUCUUAGAAUUUUUAUCGAGGCAACAUAAGGACGGACGGGCGUGACGCUAGUACACUACUACUUUCGAGAGAACCUCCUCUUUACCCAUUUGUCCUGAUGGCUUGUGCGUUUCGCUCGCUUAUCGAUCGGUCUCCCGGGUUUUUCGUCUCCUCGAUCCGUCUCGCGCGUCCAUCCCUCUCGACUUACUACCGAGAAGCAGAAUCCGAGUGCGGGAGGAGCCGCGCGAUUCGAAGACGGAUCGAGAGGGGCGAAAGGUCGCGGGAGAACGAGGAGAUCAGAGUUAAGAUCGCGUGCGAACAUAGUUCAGCGAGCAAGAUGCAUACCGCGUAGGAACCGUCGAACAAAUUUCUAACGCGCGAAGAUACACCACGAGAACAGGAUACGAAACGCAUUACGCACCGCGCCGAACCUUCCUUUUAUUUUCACCUUAGAGCUUCGAGAUGUAACGUCGUAUUGUAACAAUGACCGACCCGACAUACACGCCGCAUUCACCUAUCCACGAGACGAGAAAGAUAAUACCCAGCGAGAGAGAGAAAGAGAGAGCGAGAGAGAGAGAGAGAGAAAGAGAGAAAGUGAGUCCGAGCAAGCUGUAAGGAUAACAAAGCGUAGUAAUCCCUGAUUCGCGAUUUAGCGGCUAGUUUACAGGAUGUAACGGUAAAUGAAAGGGUACCGCGGAAGGGAGAUCGACUUCGAGCGACGGCUUCGUUUCGAUCUCCCGGCUACCCGACGUUCCACCGCCGGCAACGACCGAUCUUUGAGGAAUAAACUAGGUGGCAUCCUAAUUUACAGAAACUAUUAGUCGAACAAUAGAACGGCACAUUUUUCAGAAUCCGAUUAUUUAAUCGCAUACAACCACCCGUGGGCAAGUAAUCCCACAAAACACGCGCACUCGACCAUACUUCACCGAUACUCGUACACGACACGAUACAACAGGUACAUGUAUACAUGAUACACGUACACGGCCAGAGAAACGAAAUAUAGAGGAAACGGUAGACGGAACGGGGUGAGACAAGGGUGAAGGAGAAGAAAGUAAUGAGAAGAGAGAUAAGAGAUUGAAACAGGGCAGGGAAGAGAUGCGUUCUUGGAACAGGCACACUAACAAUAAAGGGAGAACACACAGUAUGCUACGCGAAGAGCAAGCACAACCGCGCGUUCACUGUAAAUAGAAAGGAUACAACAUUAUUAUACGACACGGUUCAUCUUUGUUAUAUCGUAAUCUGUAAUAUAUUUAUUUGUCCGAGCGUAAAGAUAUUUUAUAUUUUUAGUUUGUAAGCGAUCAUCGGCCUCUGUUACGUUUUAAAUUUUACCGUAAGCGAGGUAGCGUGGCAUCGGUCGAUGCACUGACGAGGCAAUACGUUUCUGGACGCGUUCACUUUGGUACGAUAAAUAUUUUUGAAAGUCCGUUCGCGAAUAAACUUGUGGAACGCGUCGACCUCUGACCGGUGCCUCGCGAUGGUCACCGAAAAAAGAUUGACGACCGCGUGGCGUUAUCGCGAUCGGGGUUCAUCGCAGCGAACCGGUUUUUACCUCGAAAUUUAGAAUACCUGUGAACCUUUACCUCGGCGCUACUAAUAAUCAACGUAUUUCCAUGCGAUGGCUCCGAUCGUGGUAUCCCCCGUGUCUGAACUGUCUUCGUUAUCUCAGUUUCCGUAAUCUCGAUUAGUAAACGCUGGCCGUUCGUCAACGACGACGCGACGAACGCUGACACGUUUAUUUUGCAGAUGGCAACGUAGUUUUACGUAUUGUUUUUAAUUUUACUUUUAAAACAAAGUAUUUCUUCUUAAGUAGAUAGUUCGAAUUAAUUGAAUCGAUACACACCGUGUAUCUACGAUUAGUUGGGCGCGUAUCUUUUUAUGGGAAACGCUCUAAUAUAACGUGUAAUGUACCCGUGACGAAUACGCAAAGCGACGUUUGUUUCUCUCGGUUCUACUUCCGGAACACCUCUCGGGAUUCCCACGAGGGCUUUCGACGAUACGUACACAGUUUUACUUUAGUCACGGAUGCAAGCAAAACCUGUCACCCAUUACGAAUUCCUCUUUUAUUUAUUACCGAUUAGCAUGUAAGAUGACGUUCUACCGACUACAGACAUAUGCUAUAAUUAUAAAUACACCUUAUAUAUAGUGGAGUAAGCGUUACAUUACCUACUACCUACCUACCUACUACCUACCUACCUACCUACCCAUCCGUGCUUCACGGGUGAAACAAACAGAUGAAUCACGCAAUCAUACAUUUAAGUUGCUAUUUGGCACGUAUACCUAAGUAAUAUACUAACAUAAACAGUAUGCAAUAAUAAAUAUGAGAAAUUAAA